AUGCCUUUCGCUGGAGAGCUUCCCUCGGCGAUAGAGACUCAGGUCUCCAAGAUCCUCGCCCUGAUUGCCGCCUACCGUCACCGUUCCCCCAACGUCCCCGAUCGCUUUGCCCAGUUCGUCCCAGAGCUCGAGAAACAGCUCGCCGACACAGUUUCCAAGAAGGAGCCUGUUCGCUUCGUUCUUCCCGCCUUCCCCUUCAAGGCUCCCGUUGAGGGCAACAAGCGCAAGACUCUGGGAUCCUUGCCGGACAAGGCUGAGGAGAUUGCCCUGAAGACCCUCGAUGGAUUCGCUGACUCCAUUGCGGAGAUCUAUGAGGCUGGCGCCACUGUAGUCCUUGUUUCGGAUGCUUCCGUCUACGGAGACCUUCUGAACGUUGCCGACGCGGAGGCCUUCACUUACCACCAAGAACUGCAAAAGCUCGCCUCGUCCCUCGGACUCGAGCACCUUGAAUUUGUCCGCCCCGGAGCCCUUGCUGGCAUUGCUCCCAAAGAUGCCCACACUCUGGAGGAGUACUCUGACCAUGUAAACAAGACACGCAACCUCCUUGAUGGUCCUCUGGCCCAGGACGUCAACCCAAGCGAGGAUGAGAACGUCCAGGCUACAAGCAAGCACUACGAUACAGCUCUCCCCACCACUGACGAUCCUGAAGCAUUCAAGACUGCUAUGCUUAAGCGCGGAAAGGCCUACGCCAAGCUCAUUGCCUCCUCUUCCGAAACGACCAUCCGUCUGUCCAUCCACGAGUCCAACAAUGUUGGCAAGAUUACUCUCGAUCUCUUCCCCCCUUCGACCAACCCCGACUUCAUCACCCCAUGGCACGGUGCCGUGGCUGUCCUCGCGGAUGCCAGCGUGCGCAUUGUCGAUGCUUCCACCGUCGACAUGACCAAGUUCGAGGUCAUCACCAACGCCGAGGGCCGCCCGUGGCUGCUCCGGGAGAAAUCCGAGCUGUUCAACUGGUUUGGCAUGGAGCUGGACUUUGAGCCGCUCUUCCCCUGCGGCAUGGUCGUGCGCCCGCGCAACGGCUACGGGCCCUACAAGUUCGAGGACGUCAACAUGAAGCAGGUGCGACGGCUCGCACUGUCCACGGCCCCCUUGCUCCUCCGCGGCUUCACCAUGGAGAUCGAGAAGGAGGUCUUCCGCCAAAAGGCGCGCGAGCUCGGCGAGAUCCAGAUGUGGCCGUUCGGUGACAUCCUCGAGGUGCGCGAGAACGCCGACUUCAACAUGAACAACGUGCUCACGCGCGAGGCCAUGCCCUUCCACUACGACGGCGUCUUCAAGACCAUCCAGGACGAGAAGACCGGCGAGUGGAUCUCCACUCCGCCCCUGUUCCAGAUGUUCCGCAACCGCGCCGCCUCGCAGCAAAAGGGUGGCCUCACCCUCUUCUCCUCGUCGCGGAACCUCAUCCCCCUCCUCGGCCCGGACAGCAUCCCCCUUGACGAGCUCCGCAAGCUCAAGUGGAAGACUUUCACCGUCGUCAACGAGGCCUUCGGCGGCCACGAGCUGCUCCUGCCCUUCAUCGCCUCGCAUCCAGAGACCGGCGCCGAUACCUUCCGCUUCCACGAGCCCUGGCCCGAGAGCAAGUGCAUCUCCGGCAGCAGUGAGCCGACCAUCGUCCAGGUGGUGGGCUGGCCCGCCGCAGAGAGCGAUGCUCUGUGCGCCAAGCUGACCGACCUCCUGUACGACCGCCGGGUUGCUUACCGCCACCAGUGGACUGCAGGUGACUUCAUCUUCAACGACAACGCCACGACGCACCACACCCGGACGGCAUUCGAGAAUGGCCACCGGGAGCACUGGCGUGUGCACGUCAGCUAG